AUGAACUAUCAAUCAGCGUAUCAGGGCCCGCUGAACGGGAUGGAUUACCAGUUCCAGAACUUGAAGAUUGAUGGAUCGGGCCGUGGAACGCCGCUAGCGGAGGCCAUUGGGACGCAGUUUGGGUCAGCGCGCGGCUGGCGGAGCGGUGUUGGCGGCGAUGUCGGAUUGCAUGAGUCGGGGUCGUCGUCGCCGUACCCGUCGCAGUUGGGGACGCCGUCGAUGCUGGGAGGGUCAGCAAAGGUGGCGGGAGCUGUGCCGCUGCAUCAGGCGGGCAUGGGCCACGGGUUUGGGUCGUUUCCGGCGGCGCCGGAAUCGCAGUGGCGAUACGUCGACACGCAGGGCCAGAUCCAGGGUCCGUUCGCGUCGAACAGCAUGUCUCAGUGGUACGCUUCCGGGUAUUUCCAGCAGAGCUUGCAAAUCUCGAGGGUGGGCACGUCGUUCGAGCCGUUUGGGAUUAACGACAGCUUCAUCACGCUGGGCGAGUUGAUUGCCAAGGUCAACGAUUUCCAGGAUCCUUUCUUGGCUUUCGACCGGGUUCUCGCGUCCAUGAAUAGCGCUGCUGUUGUGGCGGGGCCCGGCAUCGACAUGUCCCUGUUGCGGCAACAGCCUGUCGCAAAACAGGCUCCAGUGGCAAGAGUCGAAAGCACGGACUUCACCCAUGACCAGAUUUUGGGCUUGGAGGACAGCGACGGUGGCCGGUACCGCGAGGUGGUAGUUCAGAUCCCCGUGAGCAAGAAGAAUUUGGAGAAGCUGCAGCCGGAAGUCAAGAUUGACACCACCGUUCCAAGCGGCCAGGCAGAGCUGGUGCCUGCACCCGCUGUGCAACAAGAGCAGGCUACGGAUCCUUCUACCGCUGGAACUGAACCUGUGAAAGCCGAGGAUCCGGAGCUUAAACGUCAGAGAAAGGCCGAGGAAAUGGCCAGGAAAUUGCUGGAAGAACAGCAGAGACUGGAGGAAGAGCAGAAGCGCAAGGAGGAACUACGUAAACUCAAGAAACAACAGAAGCAGAAAACCAAAAGCCAGAAAUUUGAUUCCAAAACAGAGGAGAGCGGUUCCACGGAGGCUGUUCACAUUGAAACUGGUUCUGAGAGUUCAGCACCAAAGACGCCAAUGGCGCCUUGGGCAAAGAAGGCUGGCGUCAUGGAGACACCAAAGAUCUCGAUUCCCGAAUUGCAAAGAAGGGAAGAGCAGGAAUUGGCCAAGAAGCAACAAGAACGUCAGCGCCUAGAGCAAGCAGCUGCUCUCCAGCUGCAAGAACAGGUUUUGAAGGAGGAGAAAGCUCAAAAGGAAAUGAAAUCUGUGCUUACUUGGGCCAACAAACCCGCUCCACCACCUGUUGCUGUUGAUCUGAAGGCCACAAAAUCGAAAACUACAACGCCAGGCAACAAGAAGGCAAAUGCGGCGGUCAAGGAUGAAACCCCUGAUGAAUUCAGUGAUCCAAGCUUCCUGAAAGAGCAAGCCAAAUUGUGGGAAAAUGCCCAACGCGAGAAGGCAAGACGCCAAGCAACCAGUGCGGCGGGCACGAUACAUGCAGACAGCGGCAACGAUUGGAUUACAAUCUCCGCCAAGUCUAAUCACUCCAACAACAACCAACAGAAAGUUGUCAACCAGCCCAAGUCGUAUAUCAAUCCUGACAAACUGAGAGCCGUCGGAGGUACCGUAAACAGACAGAUCGGUUCCUCUACUAGUAUUCCAAGUCUCAAAGCCAAAUACAAUGCACCUGUCGCCUAUCCAGGUAACAACUCGAUUUCCGUUCGUCAGGACUUCUUGAGAUGGUGUAAGUCCCAAAUGAAACUGAAUCCUAGCGUCGAGGCUAAGAGCGUCUUGGAGGUCCUCCUAAGUUUACCCGCUGGCCCAGAGGCAAAGGAGAUUAUCGCCGACACGAUCUACUCCAACAGCAGCACGAUGGACGGCAGACGUUUUGCCACUGAGUUCAUCAAGAGACGUGUCGAAUGUGAGAAAUUGGUCAAAGAUCCGUUGACCUGGAGCGAAGCGCUCGCCUUGCCCGAGGGCAACGAGGAUGACUGGGAAUUCCAAGUCGUCAGCAAGAAAAAGGGAAGAAAGCACAGAGCUGACUAA